AUGGAAUACUCUUCACUUACUGACAGGCUUAAAGCACUUAAAGAACCUCAGCUUUCCUAUGAAAUACUGCUACAAGGUGCAGAUCAAUUCAAAUUCAGCUUUUUAGGAAAUGCGUAUUCUUCCAAGGUCUAUACUGUGGUUGAACUCGAUAAAGAGCUUAAAAAGUUGUGGCCGAAAAGUAAGGAUAUCUUCAUCAAAAAAGAAGGUAAUGAGUUUUGGUUGAUUAAGUUCCAUACCCAUGAUGAAUAUGAGGUUGUUCUCAAGUUUCAUCCAUGGUUCAUUGAAGGGGAUUUACUUGUUUUAGAGCCCUGGAAUCCAAAGAUACCGAAAAGCAAGGUAGACUUAACUAAACAAUUAUUCUGGAUGCGGCUUUAUAACAUGCAACCUGGUUUUGUGACUCCUGAUAUUGUCAAUGGUAUUGCUGGCGCUAUGGGUGAGGUAAAAGAGUUAGAUCCACCUGACUGUAUAAUACCAAAAGGGAAAGUUCAAAAAGCUUUGGUCUUGAUUGAUGUUCGUGAUCCACUGAGAAGAGGGUUUUGGAUGAAGAAUGCAGCUGGGGAAGAAAAAUGGAUUCGUUUAUUUUAUGAGAAGCAACCCCGCAACCUCUGUGGAUACUGUUAUACCAUAGAUCAUAAAGAGGCAGAAUGCGGUAUUAUAGCAAAUUUUCUACUUCAACAACAGCGUGGUCAUCUCUCAACAAACUCUAUUUUAGAUCCUCCUGCAUGGACAAAUCCAGCCAUGCGAGGUGUUAGAAAUGUUCAAGUUAAUAUGCAUCAAGUUCAUCAAGAGGUAGAGGAUCAACCAUCUUUGGUUAUUGAGAACCAGCAUACUGCUUUGGCCAUCAAUGAGGAAUGCAUGCAUGCACAGACCCAUAAUAUUAAUCCGGUACCUAAUGCUGUGAUAAUGCCAGAGAAUUUUGGUCUUCUGACUAGCAGGAAACAAACAAUACUGAGUCAAAUAUUCCUUUGGAGCCUUCUGAAAAUCAAGGUAUGUUAA